ACCUGUGAAAAAAAGAAUUAAAAAAAAAAAAAACCAAAACAAAGCAAACAACAAAAAUUACUCUGAAAAAGUGUUCAUACAAAAUAUUCAAUAUUUUCUAUCAAUAGACGAACAAAAUGAACAGAGAAAGACUAAGAGCGCGUGUGCGUGCGACUUCGAACUUGCAACGAGAAAACGAAUGCAACCAGUGUUAUACGGUCUUGUGUCGAGUGAUAAUCGAACACGUGGAAAAACUAAAUUAACAAUAGUGUUCAAACAAUUUAAUCAAUUUUCUUUAAUUUCUAUGAUAAUAAGUUAUCCCAAAUUUGUCAAAUAAUUUUCAGACCAAAGUUUUACAGUUAACGAGCAAUGAUAUAUCAAAGGAUAGCAGCGAUCGGUGUAUCAUUGAUCCUAACAUUAUUCUUGCUUUUUCUCAUUAUGUAUUACUUUAAUGAAAAUAAUUGUCCAAUUGGUACGUUUCCAUGUUUGAAUAGUACAAUUUGUAAAUUACAAAGUAGUUGGUGUAACGGUAUAGAUGAUUGUCCAUAUGGUGACGACGAAACAGCUGAAUUAUGUGUCGAUUUAAACGGAGAUUGGAGUUGGUUCUUGAAACAGGAUAAACUUACAGAGAUGCAAAAUGACGAUUGUGUGAUCGAAGAUAUUCCCGAAGGAUGUAUUUACAAUCAAUGUCGUGCUACUUGCAAAGGAUACGAAGACAUUCCAUUAAAUUUAUCAUCAGAAAUUGACAGAUUAAUUUUAACAAACAAUUCUAUUAGAACAAUUCAAGCCGAUCCAUUGAAAAAAUAUACACAACUACGUUUACUAUAUCUCGACUAUAAUGACAUAAAUGAGAUAGAGGAAGAAGCUUUCGUAAAUCAAAAAAAGUUAAUUUGGCUUAUCCUAUCGAACAAUAAAUUAAGCGUUAUUAAAGUCGGAGAUUUAGCUGGUCUAUUUAAUUUGGAGACUCUCAGGGCCAAGGAUAAUCGAUUAAUGUCCGUUGAUUUGUCUGAUUUUGAAAAUAGUACGAGUUUAGAUUUGAUAGAUUUUCGUAAGAAUUUUUUAAACAGCACGAACUUCAAACUUCCACGAUUACCUGUUUUAAGAGAAAUAAUGUUGAGUGAAAAUUAUUUCGAGACUAUAACAGCUGAUAUGUUCGAUGGUGUACCUGCUUUACAAUCGUUGAACAUGGAACGUAAUUAUAUAAAGAUCAUCGACGAGAAUGCUUUUAAGAAUUUAAAACAACUUGUCGAGAUUAAACUGGCGCAUAAUUAUAUCAUUUCUCUGAAUACGAACGUGUUUAAAACCACGAUAAAUCUCACGAAACUAUUGAUCGGUUAUAAUCCGAUAGAAGAUUUCUCGACUGAUGUAUUAGAUCCUUUGGUCAAUCUACGAUCUCUUGGUGUCGAAGGAAUCAAAAUGGAUAAUCUAGACAAAGAUUCGUUCAAUGUUUUCACCAGUUUAGAUUUUAUAUAUUUUGAAAAAUUUCAUUACUGUAUGACAUUUGCUUCUAAAGUACAAAAGUGUGCACCAACCACCGAUGGUCUUUCAUCUUUGACGCAUUUGCUGAGCACGUCUAUGUUGAAGGGUGCAGUAUGGGGAAUUUCCUGUGUAACUUUUAUAGGAAAUGCUUUCGUACUUUGGGAAAGGUUCACUGCAAAGGAUGAGAAUCGUGUUUUGAGUAUCCUGAUUAAAAAUCUUGCUGUGUCCGACAUGCUGAUGGGCGUAUACUUGUUCAUAAUCGCUUUGGUAGACUUGCAGUUCCGUGAUAACUACAAUAAGGAAGCUAGCUCAUGGAUGUCAUCCUGGGCUUGCACUUUUCUUGGAGUUUUAGCAAUGAUCUCGUCAGAAGUAUCCGUGCUGAUCCUAUCAUUUAUGUCUUGUGAACGAUUCGUAUUGAUUGCUGCACCGUUGAAAGGUCAUCAUGCUAUGAAACCACAGACAGCUACAGUAUCGAUAAUGUUCAUAUGGAUCAUCGGUUUUAUCCUCGCUAUUAUUCCAGUUAUUCAUUGGAGAAACAGCACAAGAUUUUAUGGGGCUAAUGGAAUGUGUUUUCCAUUACACAUAGAAGAUCCUUACUCGAUUGGAUGGCAAUAUUCCGCAUUCAUAUUUUUAGGAGUUAACUUGUUAGGACUGAUAACGAUCGGCUACGUUUACGUUGGCAUGUUCGCAAGCAUUUGGAGAACUCGUCACGCAACCCCACUAUCAGCUGGCGAUAUGGAAUUUGCUCUAAGAUUCUUCUUGAUCGUCUUAACGGAUGCAACUUGUUGGGCACCGAUUAUCAUUUUGAAAAUCUUGGCUAUGAUGAAAUAUCCUGUACCAGCGGAACUUCACGCCUGGGUCGUCGUUUUCGUACUUCCCGUUAACAGUGCAGUUAAUCCACUUUUAUAUACUUUCACUACGCCCAAAUUUCGAGAAAGAUUAAUUUGCUUUAAAUUUUUAAACAAAAUACGAAAUUACGUAUCGAGAAAACAUUCGUCUCAAGAGUCUCAAAUGUCUAUUACAUUAAGUAGUAGAAAUCUAAUGUUUUCGAUAUCGUCGAAUAAAAAAAACGAUCCUGAGAAGGUACCACCAUUGGUGAUAGUAGAAGAUGAUUGGAACGAUGAUAUUAUGCGACGUAUCGUUAAAUAAUAUCGUUUUAUUUCAACAUUUUUCUCGUAGAUCAUCCAUUAAAUGUUUCACCAUGAUCUUUAUCUAACGAGAUUAUAAAUAACAUUUGAGAUUGUGCCAUGUCUUAGAAAAUAUUGUAAAACAAAGCUUGUUACAAUUAAAAUAUUGCAAUAUAUAUAUUGUAAGUACGAUCGUAGGAAACAUUCAAUGGAAAAUUCGAACACACUCGUUUCAACCUGACCAUGAGGAUAUCCGCCUACGUUGAGAGAUCAUGCUUUAUGUCGUUCAUAAAAUAUUUUAAACGAGGAUCGCAAAUGCAUUUGCAAAAUUUAUGGCAUCGUCUCAGAUCUAUUGGCGAAUCGUGUUCGACCUGGCAACUCCGUUAGAAGGAAAAUAUACUUAAGAAUAUUGCAGCCACUUGUUGUAUCCCUUUUUGCUCCCUAUCUCUCUCUCUCUCUCUCUCUUUCUUUCUUUCACUAUCAUUCUUUCUGUCUCUUUUAACAACUACAUAAUUCAUAAUUUUUAUCGUUAUCAAGAAAACGGAAGAUAUGUCAUUUUGAGUGUUUCCUCGAUCUAUAUGUAACUUCAAUGUUGCUAGAUUUAAUACAUAUUUACACACAAACACAUAUAUCUUAACCUUUCACUAAUAUUUUCCGUACAAACAUUACAAAUUGAUAGAACAUAUAACAAGCAAAAUCAACUACUACAAUUUGCAGAAAACGUUUAAACAAAUCUCACCCAAUAUCUUAUCUCGCAGAAACUUCUCUCGAUUAAUUUAUCUCGAUUGAAUUUGUAGAGAGGCUCAUCGAUGAAAAAUUAAAUCGCUUAUCGAUUUCGUGCCAACGAGCCGGUUAAUCCCAUUAGUCCUUCUUGAGUAUGGAACCUUAUUGGUUAGCUAAGUUGAAGGUGUAACCCGGUGAAACGAUCGAAACCGACGUGACUGUGAUCGUAAAUCAUUGAGGCAAUAGAAAAAAAAAAAAAGAAAAAAAGAUAGUGUGAGAGAAAAAGAGAGAGCGAGAGACAUUUUAAAAAAAAUAUUUAAAAAAAGAAUGGUUCGUCCUACGAAUCAUCGUUCAAGUGACCGAUGACACGUAGAUAAUUUAUGGUGUAUAGUAUAACGCAUACAUAAGAUAGAUCCCGUUAAAAAACCUUGAUACUUGAGAUACUCUUUUCAAAGUGAUUUUCGAGUUCAAUAUUAUCUGUGUAGGUAUAUUAUAUCAGAUUGAUUAUAUGUAUAAAUGCGUGUCAUGUACAUUAGGACCAAAAUAUUUUCUAUUAUCGUAAUAUAAGUCUUGAUAUCUUUUCUUUGUGCGUUAAUCAUCAAGAUGAUAGAAAAGAAAAAAAAUGGGUUCGUCCUAAGAAUCAUCAUCGUUCGAGUUUCGAGUUACCGAUGACAUGUGUGUAAUUUAUGUUAGAUAGAAUAUAUAAGUGGAUCCUGUGUUAAAAAAAUGUCUUCAUAUACUCGAGAUACUAUUUUCCAAGUAAUUUCUCGAAUUCAACGUUAUGUAAAUUGAUUAUACAUGUACAUACAUAUAUAUAUAUAUAUAUAUAUAUAUAUGUAUAUGUUACACCGUAAUAUUUCCUAUUAUCGUAAUAAGCCUGGUGUGUAUCUCUUUGUGCAACCUUCUGAAGGUCUUCAUCUUUAAAGUUUCUCAUCGAAAUUACUAUGUUGAGUCGGAAAAGAGAGUGAAAGGCCGCUCCAGAUUCGUUUGCCGAUUCGAGACGAGAGUGUUGCGCUAAGAAAAAGAGUAUGUUACAACAAGGAGGAGAGAAUGAUGAUGUCGAAAGUGCAUGCCACCGAUUCGUUGUUCAUCUUACGACUACGAUCGUGCGA